CAUUCAGAAGUUUCAAACUUUCUAACCACGGAUCCAAGACCCAGCUCGCACAGCACGAUGCUCAUCUUCGGCGACGACGAGGACGCCGCGUGGCCGUGGAACGCCGUGGACGCGCUGGUCGACGGCCAACUGCAGCACGGCCGCGUCAUCAACCUGGCCGACAAGGGACUGAUCAUCGAUUUCGAAUGCCCCGCACAGCGCGCGCAGUUUGUCGAGUACGGGCGUGUCUUCCACUACACGGCGAACACGGGACGCUCCAAUGUGGUGGCCGUGCAGGUGCUGCUGCGGCGUCAUCCCGACGGCGUCUGGAUCUGGUACCCGGGACGCGUUAUCCAGUCCUCUCUGUGCAAGAAAGCCGAGUACGUGGAAGCGCAGCUGCCCCAGGGGAAUGUCAAGGAGCUGCUGCCCCUGGCGCAGGUGCGCCCAGCCCCCGCGGAGGGGGUCUGCGCGGAGGGGCGCGUGCGAAGGGGGGACUUUGUGAUCCGCUCGUGCCAGAUGCCCGCCGGUGGUUUGUCGAACCAGCCACCGCGGAUCGUCAAGAAAUUCAAAGCGGAGCUGAACGAAGUUGGAAUGGCGAUCUUCGUUUCCCUGCUCGGUGAGACCCUCACCUAUCUCCAGAUUCAGGAUGCGCAGCCGCUCAAGAUGCGACAACUGAAAAUUAUCUGCGAACUGGCGAGGAAACGCAAACCUCCUACAAGGUCGUCACAGCCGGCAGCUAUCCCCAUAACACUUAACAACGGACCACGAUCCAGUAGAAAGCGGAAGAAUUUCGGCAGUGAUGACGAGGGUAUGCGAUUGCCCGUUGAAUUGCUGGUGGAACUCUUCCAGUCGCUGGACUCCAUCGGCCAGGUUCGUUGUCGACGUGUCUGCGCCCUGUGGAACACACUUCUCACCACGGACGCCUACUUCCCCGACGUCCGCGUGUCCGGCAAUUGCGCCGAUGGCGACUAUCCAGCGGUGUACUUCUCCGAGGACGGCAUGUACUGGGUGGUGGAGUGCGUGCUGAAAUGCCUGAGCAGCCACACCAAGAUGCUGGGGCUGAGCCGGAUGGAUUUGUUCGAGUGCCGCCAACUGAUGGCCCCCAUCCACCACGCUCUCCCGGGGCGCCGUCUGCCGCUGCUGGUGUUGCAUAACUGCAAUCUCAGUGGACCGCUCCCACUCAUGAAGCGCGCCCGGGAUGUGAUCGCGUCCACGGCGCAGUUGGCCGUUGAGUGUGGAUGCGAGAGAAUGCUGUGGCAGCAGUGUCGUCUGUCCGAUGCCUCCCUGACGGCGUUGGUCCCGCGGUAUGCCUUCCGCGAUUUGUCGCUGGAGCCGCUGACGGUGCAGUUGUGGGAUCUGUUCGAGCGCCAUCGGGUUCUGGAGGAACCGCUGGAUCGGCCGGCGGUCGCGCAGUGGAUCGCCGAUUGCGUAGGGCAUCCGCGCCGGUGGGGCAAUCAAAGCAUUGUGCAGGGCCUCCAGGCUUACCAGAGCGCGGAUCCCCGGCCUGCCACGCGCUACCGCCAUCGCGCGUGGACGGCGUCCACGCUGGCCCAACUGGACGUCACCCAGCUGACCACGUUGACCACGGCAUUUCUGCAGGGACUGACCCCGCAGUUUUAUAAGGCGUAGCUUUGUUUAGAACGGAACGUCACUACGGCAGCCCGUUUGCCGGGCACUUGCUGGUAAAUGUUAACAACUGUCUAGUAUGGCCGCAAUG